CCCGAAAGAGUGGAGACCCUCGCGGUCACCGUCCCUUGUCCAGAGGUGAGACCUACACCCCCGCCCGUAACAACCCACCUCCCGUCAGCGGCGGCAGCCAAUACCGCGGGCGACCCACGGCGGCUCCCAGAAGCAUGGCGCAGGAGAAGGAUGAGCAACCGGAGGCUGGGGGGUGUACACAUGCCUCAGAACAAAUGUGGCGGGUGCUGUGUCCUACCGGCUGCGAGCUGAAGACAGCCAUGCUGAAACAAGAGAGGAACGUGAAAGAUAAGUGAAGAAGAUGCAAGAAAGAUGUUGACGACCUGUCGAGAUCCUCGAACACCAUCUAUACUCUACGUAACGGCAGUGUCCACAGCGCUGAGAGAGAGACAACUAGUCAGCAACGGAAUGGUGACCUGGUGAGUCAGUACACGGACAGUCUGGAGUCCCAGCAUGCCUUUGCAAAGGAGGCUAUAGACACAGUCUUCCCCUCUAACAUUAGGAUUCUUCAAGGGUCCUUGAGAAGAUCCGGUUGAAGAUUCAAGAGUGGAGAGGCCAUCCUGGCCCAGAGGGAAGAAUGCAAAGAGCCGUGCACUGUCUCCUGCCCCAUACCUGUUGUCUCUGGUGAGGAUGCGGACAGACAUCUUCUCAGGAAAGGAGGAAGGGAUUCUGGGAUGUAUCUGAUCCAGCCUGACUCCUUCUACCAGCCCUACAAGGUGUACUGUGACCAGACCACACAGAAAGGAGGCUGGACCACUAUUCAGAACAGGAAGGAUGGGUCUGUAGACUUUGGCCGGCGUUGGGACAACUACCGCAGCGGUUUCGGGAAUAUCGCCUUCGACGUCGGAAAGGGACAUUGCAACACUCCAGGGGAGUACUGGCUGGGUAACGACCGCAUCAGUCAGCUGACCAAGCAGGGACCCACUGAGGUCCUCAUGGAGAUGGAGGAUUGGACUGGCAACAAGGUCCACGCCCAGUACAAAAAGUUUACCAUACAGGGCGAGACGUCCAACUACAUAUUGGCGAUCGAUGGGUAUUCAGGAACGGGUAACGUGAUGCUGGACGGGAGCACGGAGCUGUAUGGAGAGAACCGGACCAUGACCAUCCACAAUGGAAUGAUGUUCAGCACCUACGACAGAGACAACGAUAACUGGACUCCAGGUGAUCCGUCCAAGCAGUGCUCCCGUGAGGACGGCGGUGGCUGGUGGUACAACAGGUGUCACUCAGCCAAUCCAAACGGCCGUUACUACUGGGGCGGGGCUUACACGCGGUACAUGGCGAAACACGGGACGGAUGACGGCAUGGUGUGGAUGAACUGGAAGGGAUCCUGGUACUCUCUCAAAGCCAUCUGCAUGAAGAUCAGGCCCUACUUCGCCUCGCGGUAGACACACAGACAGACACACAGACACACACGGGGACACACACAGACACACAUCGAGAGACACAGGAAGUAACCUUUAGCUGAAUCAGGUGUGUCAAAAAACAAAAGUUUGCACCCCUUUCGGUACCCAGGACCAGGAGGGUUCAACUCUGACCCUACGAGGUCCGUAGCCUGCUGAUUUUCUGUUCUACCUGAUCAUGAACUGCAGCCACCUGGUAGUCCCAGGUCUAAAUCAGCCCCUGAUUUUAGAGGGGAUCAAUGAAAACAAGCCACUGGCUCGGAGGCUGUACAUAUUCAUAUUCAUAUUCAUAUUGUAUGUGAGAGCCAACAGAGAGCAGCACUCAGUUUCCCCCCAAUGUGUCAAAUCUGAUCUAAAUCUCAAACACUAAAGGAAACGUAUAAUGACUUCAAUAGGGCUUUUAUAAAAGACACUGGAGAAAAAGAGUUUAAAGGAUGUUGUUUCAAACCUGAACCUGAUGUCUUAUUUUUUUAAAUAAAGUUAAACAGAGAAAAGUCAAGUAAAAAGAGGAG